AUGGAAAACUGUCCACCGCAGAAGUCGGGUGCUCUAGCUACCAUAAACAGCUGGUUUUCGUUUACAACUCCAGCUGUAAAAAAACUCCUAGAAUGGAAACAAAGCGAUGAAGAAGAAAAGUGGGCUGAGAGAGCCGUAGAUGCUUUGGUUAAGAAGUUGAAGAAAAAUAAAGGAGCAUUAGAAGAACUCGAAAAGGCAUUGAGUUGUCCUGGACAGCCCACCAAUUGUGUUACGAUUCCUAGGAGCCUUGAUGGUAGAUUGCAGGUUUCACAUAGAAAAGCAUUGCCUCAUGUUAUAUAUUGCCGUGUUUGGCGUUGGCCAGAUUUGCAGUCGCAUCAUGAGUUGAAGCCAAUGGAACACUGCCGAUAUCCGUUUUCAUCGAAGCAGAAAGAUAUUUGUAUAAACCCAUAUCACUAUAAGAGGAUUGAAAGUCCAGUUUUGCCACCAGUGCUCGUUCCACGCCAAUCGGAAUUCGCACCUGGCCAUUCAAUGCUACUUCCGUUUCAACAAGUACCUGAACCGUCGAUGCCUCAGAACGUCAGCUACAGCAAUAGCGGCUUCAGUGGGCCCGCUGGCCCACCUUCGCCCAUGAGUAGCAUCAGUAGCAUUAUGAGCCCAAGCUCUUCUCCUCAGAGUCAGUACUCCGAAGGCGUUGCAGAUUUCGGAAACUGCCAGACAUAUUCCAAUCCAAAUGCGAUGGAUACGGCCCCUGCUUCCGGAGCCUCGGCCAUUUCAUAUCAGGAGCCGCCAUUUUGGGCUACUGUCGCUUACUAUGAACUCAAUUGUCGGGUAGGCGAAGCAUUCCAUUGCCAGACCCGCUCAGUAGUCAUCGAUGGAUUCACAAAUCCAGGUUCGGUUAUGAAUAAUAGAUUCUGCCUAGGCCAGGUGCCGAAUGUUAAUCGUAAUGCCGCAAUCGAGAACACGAGGAGGCAUAUUGGUAGAGGAGUACAUUUAUAUUACGUCGGCGGAGAGGUAUACGCCGAAUGCCUGUCAGACGCUGCCAUAUUCAUACAGUCUAGAAACUGUAACGUUCACCAUGGGUUCCAUCACUCGACCGUCUGCAAGAUCCCACCAGGUUGUUCUUUAAGGAUAUUUAGUAAUCAGCAGUUUGCUCAACUUCUUUCAGAGAGCGUGCGGCAUGGGUUUGAUGCUGUGUAUGAACUCACUAAAAUGUGCACGAUAAGGAUGUCCUUCGUGAAAGGAUGGGGUGCAGAGUAUCUGCGACAAGAUGUGACUUCGACACCAUGUUGGGUCGAAAUUCAUCUCCAUGGGCCACUUCACUGGUUGGAUCAAGUUCUCAGCCAAAUGGGUUCUCCGCACAACCCGAUAUCAUCAGUAUCAUGA